GUAUAUAAAUGCCUUGAAUUGCGGUAGGGCUUGGCAGAGAUUUGGAAGCACACCGGUGUGCAUUACCAAAUCUCAAAAGAUGUCUUUAAAGAAGGAAGAUGUGCUGCGAGACAUGCAGAAGUGCUUCUUCAACCUGAAGACUGAACCUGACAAAAAAGAAGAGACAAUCAUUGAGAGAGAACGUGUGGACAGUAUUGAUAUCCGAUGUACAGAAUAUCCCGAGUUCAAAGAAGACUUCCGUCAGAUUGUUAAAGCAGGCUGGCUGGAGAAAACUCCUCCAAAAGGUGGGAUGAUUUACCAGCGGAGAUGGGUCCAGCUGGAUUCAGAAUAUUUGAGAUAUUUUCAAUCUAUUAAGGAGGUUUACUCUAAAAGGAUUGUGUCUCUGGGAUCUGUCUUUAAGGUGGUCAGUGUCGGAGAUAUUCGGUUUGAACUUCACAGUCAGAGCCGGACCUUCCUUUUUCGAGCGGAUAGCACUCAGGAAAGAGAUGACUGGGUGAGUUGUAUUGAAAAGAUACUGAGUGAUCGCAAACAUAGUCUGGAGCCCCGGAAUCUGUUCUUUAAGAACGGAAGUGUGAGUGUUAGUUUUGAGGGUUACCUGGAGAUGUUGUCACCGCGCACCAAAGUCUACACGCUGAUCAGCAGAGACAAACUCUUCCUCUUCAAGAGCCAUGAGGAAUAUUUUCAGGGCAUGGGCAUCACUGACAUUGACAUGCGAAUGGCAAAUGUGAGAGAUGGUGAAAACAAACGCACCUUCACACUCACCACUCCAUACAGAGCAUUCAGCUUUAUGGUGGAUUCAGAAAGUGAAAAGCAGAGAUGGUGUGAGUUCCUUACUGAGUGUGUGAGUCGCUCUCUGUCAUGUGAUGGAGUGUGUGAGAGCGUUUGGCGUGUACAAGCAAACCGCCUUUGUGCGGACUGCAGCUCUUCAAUGCCAGAGUGGGCUUCAGUCAACUUGUGUGUUCUUCUGUGUGAAAAAUGUGCAGGGGCACACAGAAAUCUGGGCCAGAACAUAUCAAAGGUUCGCAGUCUGAAGCUGGAUGAACGAGUGUGGACUGAUGACCUCAUCAGGGUGUUUCUAAUGCUUGGUAACAGCAAAGCAAAUAAAUUCUGGGGAGCAAAUAUUCCACCGAGUGAGCUUCUCUGUGUGAGCGCAAACAGCGAGCAACGUCUCAAACACAUUACAGAAAAAUACAAGAAUGGAAAAUAUCGCAAAUACCACAAAUUCUUUGGCCAACAGGAGGCGCUCAACAAUGCUCUGUGUUUAGCUAUGCAGUCUGCUGAUUUGUUGGAGACUCUCACACUGCUGAAUUGUGGGGCAGAUGCUGCCUGCUACACUGGUAUCCCAGAAUUCCCUACUCCUCUGUCUUUGGCCAAACGUUACAGCCAAACAGUACAAGCGGAGCUACUUACACAGAACAUGACUUCAGAGCCUAUUACAACAGAAGUUAAAGAUGCAGAUAUUCGAUCACUGUGUGGUUACCUUUUUAAGACUGCCUCAUCAGCUCGGCCAAUCACAGAGCACAAACCCAAAGCAGACUUCUCUCAGCGCUGGUGUUGUUUGGGUGAUGGAAUGUUUAGCUACUAUAGGAAUGAACAGAGCCACCACAAAAAUGGUGGGAUGAAGACCAGUGAAAUCAUCUGCCUGUCUGUUAACAGCCCAGGGAAACAUGGAUACGAGCACACCUUUGAGCUGUACUCUGAGGAGGGGAGAGUCUACCUGUUUGGAACUGAUGACGGCAGCAUUGCCAAGAACUGGAUCCGGGCUGUUACUAUGGCUGUGCUGCCUCCUUCACUGUUUGAUGUGUGUGGGACCUGUGAUCGUCUGGGUCGCCUGCGCUGCACUGAGGCCAGCCAUGGCAUUGGCUGGUUUUGCCUGAGCGGCUUCAAACUGCAUGUGUUACUCGAAGACACUGUUCAAACAAUCGACCUACGCAAGCUACUCGGACUCAAGUUCUCUAACACUGGUGGCGCUACAGUGCUGGUGUGGAGAGGUGGACCCUUGCAUUUGCAGGCUGACCGCAGGCCUCAUUUUGUGGGCUGGCAGACCUGCAUUCAGCAGAAAUCUGGUGCUGGAGAUGAGCGGCUAUCCCAACAACAACUCACUGACUUAGGCGUUCCUGUCACUAUCGAUCGCUGCCUAGAUCAUGUAACACGUUAUGGACUGUUAUCACCAGGAAUCUAUCGGUUGAGUGGCAUUAAUUCUCAUGUGACCAAAUUACUGGACAAGUUUCAGAAUAAUGCUCGAAGCGUAACAUGGUGUGAGUCUGAAUAUUCUGUGCAUGAUGUGGCUAACACGCUAAAGCGAUUUCUCAGAGAGGUCAAAGGCGGAGUGUUCAAUGGACAAGAGAACAAUGACAGCUGGCUUAAAGUUGCAGGUCUGGAGGACAGAUGUGAGAAGAUUCAAAGGUACCAGAGUCUGCUCUCAAACCUCCCGGAUAUCAACAGAGAAGCACUCAAAGUACUCAUACACCAUCUGGUUUGUGUUCAGAACCUGUCUAAUGAGAAUCAGAUGACUAUACGAAACCUUGGUAUCGUAUUUGGUCCAACGCUUUUUCAGACAGAUGGAAAAGACACCACAGCAUCUCAGGUGGUGGAGGAACUCAUCCAAAACUACUGCAGCAUUUUUAAAGUCUCGGAGUCUGACCUUGAGAGACAGCUAAACAUGAUGUCUGUCAUCCUGGACAAACACAAGUCCCAGAGGACCUUAAUUCGAACUCCAUCUAGUACCAUUUGUGGUGUUUACCUAGAGAAGAAAGAGGAGGGUGCAGAGGUGCUCCUUCAGGUUGCGGCGGAUAUGACAGUAUUAAAGUUGGUUUCUGUGGUUCUGGAGCUUAAAGGGAUUCAACAGGUCAAUGAAGAAUUCUGGAGCUGCUUUGAGGUUCUAGAGAAAGAAGACAUUGAGAGAAGGCUGCAUUACCAGGAAAGAGUGUUGCCAGUCUAUUUCUCACUUAGUAAUGACUGCCACCUGCUGGUCAAGAAGAAUUACAGCAUUAUCAGCAUCAUGAGGUACCUGGAGAACAAGGUGAAUCUGAGUAAAAGCGGGCCACUGCGGGUUUGUGAGGUUAAAAGCGAGAGCAGCAAAAACUUUCAUACUCGUCACUGUGACCUAACUGGUGAAACCUUCAGACUGCACAAAGAACUACAGGGGUCUCAGGUUGAGAAGGAAUAUCUUGCCAAAGAGAUUAAACUCUAUCAUGGUUGCCGCAGCAAACUACAUCCACCUACACAAUGGGGGCUAACACUGAUUCAUGACAAGCAGCAGUGGUAUCUGUGCUGUGAGAAUGAGGAAGAGCUGAUUGAAUGGACAGCCACAUUUUACAGCAUCCAGUGUAAUGGUGACAUCUGGCCCUCCUGGUGAAAUAACAUCAAAGCAGAUGAUGGGUUGGAUAACAGCAAUUUCCACAAAAAAGAAGACUACAUGAAAGUAUUUCUAAACAGACUGUGCUCCACUCAACACUUACAUUACCAGAAAUAGAACAUGAUGUAAUUGUUCCUUUCAUUUAUGUAUCUUUGGCAUCAAUUUUUAAAAGUAUACCACUGUGUUUGUCAAUCCUUGCUAAUGUGAAAACAAAUUCAAAAUGGUUUGAAAAUAAUUGUAUGUGGGUUCCUAAAAUGAAUAAAAAUCAAAGUAAAUAAUACAGCCCAUUAACUGUCCAUUUAAGCUGGUCAGUUUGUGUGAACUUGAUGCUUUAGAACAGGAAACUACAAGUCUUGUUUGAUGGGAAUUGACAGGAAGUACUACAGCUUGAGAAUGAGGUGCCCUUUCUAAAACCUAGACUAUCUAGAUCUACAGUACAUUUAUGCUUUUGGCAGGAAUGUUUAUCUAGAAUCAUUUGAUAUUUUUUUUGACAUUGCAGCUGUUUAUUUAGCAUUCCCACAAGUACCAUUUUUUUCAGGCUACAUGAACACU